AUGGCGUCGGGGUCUCGAUCGGACGACGCUGCACAUGGGCGACAAGAGGAGGAAGAAGAAGAGGAUGAGGGGGUCAGCGAUAACCCCUUGCCCGCGUGGAUGGAGGGAGACUCGCUAGCGCCUCCCUGCCAAGCCGAUAUGGACGUCGUGCGAGCCAUCAUCGACUUUGCGGGGGUUACCGCGGAUGACGUUUUGUACGAUCUCGGGUGCGGAGACGGGCGCAUCUGCAUUGAGGCCGCCGAAAGCCGGGGGGCCAAGGCUUGCGGGGUGGAGAUCGAGGAAGACCUGGCGGAGAAGUUCCGACGACGGGUCGCCGCGAAAGGCUUGAACUCGAAGGUAUCGGUGGUUCACGGCGAUCUACGAGAUGUCGAUCUCUCGGACGCCACGGUGGUGGUCAUGUACCUCCUGCCCGACGCCAUGGCCGAUAUCGCGCAGUCCCACCUCCUCCCCCUGCUCCGCCGCGGCCACGGCACCCCCGCCACAACAACAACAACAACAACAACACCAUUCCCUCUCCCAGGAGACUCAGAGACACAGCGGGUAGAGCGGGAAACACUAGAGAGUGAGGGGGCUCCUGGAGCCGACAAUCAGGCGGUAUCAACACGGGGGGGGGAAGAAGAGCGUCGUUUGAAUGGUGGUUGUGGCAAUGAUGGUGGUGGGGUGGGUGGCGGUAUGAAGCCAUGCCGAAUUGUAUGUAACACUUGGGGAGUGCCGGGAGCGACCGCGGUGCGGGAGGCAGGGGUGGGGCUGCACGGCGGCGUGAAGCUCCGACUCUUCACGCACGCCUCGCUUCCGAGCGCGGCAUGA